AUGUGUGGCCUUAGUAUAAAUGAAUACGAUCUUAUUUCACCUUGUGAAUCAGCCAAGGAAAUUUGGGAUCUGUUAAAAACAACUUAUGAGGGCACUGAGGAAAUAAGGAAAUCUAAGCUAGAUCUCUUUUCUACUCAGUUUGAAGAUUUCACCAUGAAUGAUGGUGAACUCAUUCAUGAAGUGCGCACCAGAUUCUCCAACAUCACAUAUGAGCUCAUGUUCCUUGAAGAACCUGUUCCUAUUGUCAAGACUGCAGAAGGUAAAGACAAAGAAGGGGACCAGGUCUGUCCCAAGAUAAGCAGAAGAGAAGUCUUCUUCGGGGCAGUAAAAAGAGAAAUGGCUGCAUGGGAAAAAUCCUCAAGUGAUUCAGAUGAUUCUGAAAACACAGAUAAUAGUUUUUUGGCAAAGUCAGACGAGGAAGAUUCUGAUGAAAAGGUAACUCUAUCUUAUUUCAAGCAAAAAUUGAAUACCUUUUCUACUAGUAAGUUGAGAAAGUUGGAUGUUGUAUUACUUGAUUUGAUAAGUGAGAUGAAAGAUGAGAAGGAUCUCGUAAACAACAACCUAGACAUCUUUCAAGAUGGAAAAAUUGCUUUAGUUGCCCAAAUAUCUGAUAUUGAAAGUCAAAUGGUUGUUCCAGAAACAGAAAAUCUAGAAAUAAAGGAAAAGAUAAAAGGGGCGACUACUACAAUUUUUAAAGGAAAGAAUGAGGCUAGCAGAUUGCAGCUGGACCUUGAAAAUAAGCUGCAUACUGCUGAAAUGAAGAUUAAAGUGGCUUUCGAGAGAAAUCAUGCAUUGGAGAGGGACCUGGUCCGUGUAAAAGAGGAACUUGAAAAUUCCCUCAAAUGGACUAAUUCCACUAAGAUCCUUACAAAUAUACUCGAUCAAGGAAACAACAUAAAAGGAGAUCUGAGCUGCAAAAGAGAUUGUCCUGCGUUUAAAGAUUGUGGAGAAAGUUCAUCAAACUAUUCCAAACCACGGAAUAGGCUGAAGAAGGGACCUGGUCCUGUGUAUGGCCAACAGAAGAACUUGCAGAAGAAGGGACCUGGUCUUGCUUCUGUUCCUAAGUUGAAAAAUAUCAGUCUGCCUCACUGGACAAAGAAUUCUCUUAUCACUCCUUUAUCCGCUUACUAG